GGCGGACUUGCAGGCGGGUGGCGGCGGCUGUGCUCGCUAGUGAGGGAGGGAGGGAGUGAGUCACUGAGCGUGUGUGAAGGAGGGAAGGAGCGAGCCGGCGAGCAAGCAGCCGGCGCCGUCCGCCUGCAGCACGAGCCAGGCCCCGCCGCCACCCGCAUCCCUGCGCUGAAGCCGGGCCGAGCCGAGCCGAGCUGGGUCGGGCCCGGGCCAUGCUGCUCACCGUGUACUGUGUGCGGAGGGACCUCUCCGAGGUGACCUUUUCCCUCCAGGUCGACGCCGACUUCGAGCUGCACAACUUCCGCGCGCUGUGUGAACUCGAGUCCGGCAUCCCCGCAGCCGAGAGCCAGAUCGUCUAUGCUGAAAGACCUCUCACAGACAACCACAGAUCACUGGCUUCUUACGGCUUGAAAGAUGGAGAUGUUGUGAUUUUGCGACAGAAGGAGAAUGCAGACCCUCGACCUCCAGUGCAUUUUCCAAACUUACCCCGAAUAGACUUCCGUAGUAUAGCUGUGCCUGGCACGUCAGGUUCCCGGCAGCGGCAGCCACCGGGAGCACAGCAGUCCCACUCAUCUCCCGGAGACAUAGCUUCAUCCCCUCAGGGCUUGGACAAUCCCGCCUUGCUCCGAGACAUGUUGCUGGCCAACCCCCAUGAGCUGUCCUUGCUGAAGGAACGCAAUCCGCCCCUGGCAGACGCUCUGCUCAGCGGAGAUCUUGAGAAAUUUUCCAGGGUCCUGGUGGAGCAGCAGCAGGACCGAGCCCGGAGAGAGCAAGAAAGGAUUCGUCUCUUUUCUGCUGACCCUUUUGAUCUUGAAGCUCAGGCAAAAAUAGAAGAAGAUAUAAGGCAACAGAACAUUGAGGAAAACAUGACAAUCGCUAUGGAAGAGGCUCCGGAAAGUUUCGGCCAAGUAGUGAUGCUUUAUAUUAACUGCAAAGUGAAUGGACAUCCUGUGAAAGCCUUUGUUGACUCAGGUGCCCAGAUGACUAUUAUGAGCCAAGCGUGUGCAGAAAGGUGUAAUAUAAUGAGACUGGUGGAUCGUCGGUGGGCAGGGAUCGCCAAAGGAGUGGGCACCCAGAAGAUUAUUGGAAGGGUACAUCUAGCUCAGGUUCAAAUUGAAGGAGACUUCCUGGCGUGUUCCUUCUCUAUACUUGAGGAGCAGCCCAUGGACAUGCUUCUGGGACUGGACAUGCUGAAACGACAUCAGUGUUCCAUUGACCUCAAGAAAAAUGUCCUGGUGAUUGGCACCACAGGCUCGCAGACCACCUUCCUUCCCGAGGGAGAGUUACCAGAGUGUGCCCGGUUGGCAUAUGGGGCCGGCCGAGAAGACGUGCGGCCAGAGGAGAUUGCAGACCAAGAAUUAGCAGAAGCCCUUCAAAAAUCCGUACAGGAUGCAGAGAAAAGCGGUGAAGAAACUACCUCACUGGGAAUGUCAUCAUUACCAACUUCAGAUGGAUUUAACCAUCCAGCCCGUCCUCCAGGGCAGAGUCCUGAGAUUGGUAAUCCUGCGCGUCUUGCUCACUCUGUCCCUGCUUCAGUCUGCUCUAUCAAGCCCAGUGACCCAGACAGCAUCGAACCCAAGGCUGCGAAGUCUAUGAAGGCUUCGGCUGAAUUCCAGAGAGCCUCUGAAAAGGAAGAACAUCUUCCUCUACAGGAUCUUUCUGAUCGUGCUUCUCCAGCAGACCAGAGUCCAGCUAUGCCUUUGCAGAAUUCAUCCGAAGAAGCCAUUGUUACAGAUAAUCUGGAGAAAUCUCCUGCUGAAAGAGGCACCCAAGGCCUCAAGUCUCAUCUCCACACAAGACAGGAAGCUAGUUUGUCUGUCACAACUACUAGGAUGCAAGAACCACAGAGGGCCCUAGGUGAAAAGGGUUGGCAUCCAGAAUGUCAGACUCUGAGUCAAGUGAAUGGCCUUCAGCAUGAAGAACCAGGAAACGGACGGCAUGAGGUUGUACAACAGAAUGCUCCACGUGAACAAGAACAUCUUCGUAACACAGGGGACCUUGAACUUCAUGGAGAAGGGCAACAGAAUCAACCAAAAAGCGUUGAUGUGGAAGCUACAAUGAAAGGAGACAGGCUACAGCAGAAUGUGGACCUUCCAGAUACACAGAAAAAUACUCUACGUUCAGGAUGCUUUGACUGCUCAAAUUCCGAAACACUUAUGGAAGUAGAUAUAGUUGAACAGUCCCUAGUGGCUGUGCUUAAUUCAACAGGCAGUCAGAAUGCUAAUGUCAAGAACAUUGGUGCAGCUGACCUCACCUUAGAUAACCCCUUGAUGGAAGUAGAAGCAUCAAAAUGUAGCCCUUCAUCUGAAAUUUUGAGUAAUUCCAUUUCCACUCAGAAUUUGCAACUCCCAGAAAGGAAUGCUGAAAUGUCUGGAACCAAUAAAGCAUAUGGCAAUGGCUCCCCCUCUUUAAGCCUCUGUGGCAAUUGUCAGCCCUCUGUGGAGUCAGCGGAGGAAUCUUGCUCAUCCAUAACAGCAGCCUUGAAGGAACUUCAUGAACUUUUGGUCAUUAGUAGUAAACCAGCUUCAGAAAAUACAUCUGAAGAAGUUACCUGUCAAUCAGAAAUGGUAACUGAGGGCCAAACAGGUGUUGAGGACCUUUCUGAAAGAUGGACCCAAAAUAAGCAUCUCCCAGCUACCCAGAAUGAACAGUGUUCACAAGUCUCUUUUCAUCAGGCCAUAUCUGUAUCAGUGGAGACAGAAAAAUUAACAAACACCUCAACUGGCACUGGAAUAGAAGAUGUAGAAAGUAUUAACUUCAAGGAUCCAGGUGAUGGCCUAUUAACUGAUAAGGAAGGUAUCCCCAAGUCUAGGGAAUCAGUAAACACGAGCAGUUCUGUCACUCGAGCCUCUGCCAAAACGUCAGAUCAAUUACAUUGCACCUUAGGUGUAGAAAUUUCACCCAGACGUUUAGCAGGUGAGGAGGAUGCACUCAACCAGACUUCGGAGCAAACUACACCCUUGUCGUCGAAUUUCGUAUUGGUUAAAGAUUUGGGUCAGGGCACGCAGAACCCAGUGACAGACAGGCCUGAGACCAGAGACGAUGUCUGUCCUGAAGCAGGACCUGCCAGCUAUCCCUCAAGUCCCUCCAUUCUUCCACCAUUAAUUUUUCCUGCUGCAGACAUUGACCGGAUUCUCCGUGCCGGCUUUACUUUGCAGGAAGCUCUUGGGGCUUUGCAUCAAGUUGGUGGAAAUGCAGACCUUGCACUUCUUGUUUUGCUAGCAAAGAACAUUGUAGUUCCUACAUAACCAUGGAAAAGUGGGCUAGACCAUACUCCAUUCCCUUAAAAAAAAAAAGAAAAAAGAAAAAAAAAA